AUGGAUCUGGUCGGAAGUAACCCGGAUACACUCUUCGCCGAUGUCUUCCAGGGCGAUGCGGAGCAGCAGAAGAUGUACGAGUGUCGGUGGUGGUCUACGGCCCUGGCAUCCAAGAGAAAAACGAAUUUCGCGGAAAGCCACGCUAAGCGCAUUGUUCGCAAGAACCUCCGAAGUCUGCUUCGGCACUGCCGGAGUUCGGAUGUGGCCGUUGCUGAUGCCGCCAUGCUCCUUGUAAUGAACCAUGCUGUUGAGGCCCUCCCUUUUGUGCAGGGACCUAUUGCAGAAACCAUGCUCGGCAUGACGGAAGAACUUGUGGAGUCCAGCAUUUCCAUCAACAAGGACAAACUACUUUUUUGUGGCACGAUUCUUGGGCUUGUACUGCGGGUGCUGAGCAAGCCUCAGCGUCAGAGGUGGGUGUCCCUUCUUGUCGAACUGCUGAUGGACGAAGACUUUCCCAAACAGCCAGUGAUCUGGCGGUUGAGGCUGCUCUGGCUUGCUGAUGAUGACCCCUUGCGAACCUAUGCGGCAGUACGCCAGCAGCUGCGGCUUUAUGCGAAGACCGCCUCGAAGUGGGAGACUGAUGUUAAGCUUCUCACCGACUGCAGCUGCUGCUGA